UGCUGCACUGCGUGAUUCGCGGGACGACGCUUGAGCGCAUGUGGUAAUUAUAGCACUUCUGAAGAUAAGAGGCUCGAAAACAAACAAUAAUCAACAAUAGAACCGAUUGUUACCGGUAUAACUGUAAUUGUUUUGAAAAGAAAAUGGUUCGCAAAUUAUCAACUAAAGAUGUGGGUAAAACUGAAGAACCAAAGAAAUCUCGAGGGAGACCAAGGAAAAUUUCUGCAGUUGAGAAAGGCUCAAACUCUGGGAAGCGUAAACUCAGUAAAUCCGUUUCUGAGGAACCAAGAAUAAAACAGAAGAAGAUAGAAGUUCCCAAUUUAUUUGAAUUGGCUUCUGUGGGAGUAGCUCUAACAUUGGGACAAGGAGAUACAGGCCAACUGGGACUAGGAGAAGAUAUAAUGGAACGAAAAAAGCCUGCUUUGGUGAGAGGAGAACUUGAUGGAAAAAAGAUCAAGAAAAUUAUUGGCGGAGGAAUGCACACUGUUUGUUUGACUGACGAUCAUAAGGUUUACUCAUUCGGUUGCAAUGAUGAGGGGGCAUUAGGAAGAUUAACAUCUGACGAUUCAGAAGGAUUUGAACCUAAAAUUGUCGGUGGAAGUUUAGAAGGAGUAAAAGUAAUUGAUAUAUCUGCUGGUGAUAGUCACUGUGCUGCUUUAUCAGAAGAUGGAAAUGUAUUUUUAUGGGGCUGUUUUCGAGAUAAUCACGGCAGACUGGGUUUAGCUAAGGAAUGGGAAAAGUGUGGCGAGCCAAUCAAAUUAGACCAAAUUCAAAAUUGUGUUGUAGCAAUUGCCUCUGGAUGUGACCAUGUUGCAAUGAUCACUGACGAGGGAAAGGUAUUUACAUUAGGUUGUGGUGAGCAAGGACAACUUGGAAGAUUGAGUAAAUACGCAUUAAGUAGAGGUGGAAGGAAAAGUGCAGAUGAAGUCUCAUCUUCUAGUACUACAGCAAAUCCAGAAGUACCCAUGCCAAGAAGCAGUUUGCGUGAAAGAUUAAGUUUUGCAGAAGAACGAUGUCUACGUCCUAAACCUGUAACAGUGCCGAAAAUAAAGGGGAAGUCAGGAAAACCAAUGUUUUGUGAAGUUUAUUGUGGAUCAUAUUGUACAUAUAUAGUUUCAACGGAUGGAGAUGUUUUUGGGUUCGGUCUUAAUAAUUAUCAUCAGUUAGGUAUACCAGACGGAGAAAGCAGGUAUAUGCCAGUUUACAUUCCCGCAUUUUCUGAAAAGAAAUGGAGAUCAAUAUCCGGUGGAUUGCAUCAUUCUAUGUUACUGGAUGAGCAUGGUGAUGUUUACUGUAUUGGUCGAGGUGACUAUGGUCGGUUAGGCCUUGGCGAAAAAGUUCUAAUCGCUGAUAAACCAACUAAAAUUGAAGCAUUACGAAAUAUUGUUCAAAUUGGAGCAGGUCCCUGUGUAUCAUUUGCUGUUGAUAAGAAUGGGAAAGCAUUUGCAUGGGGAAUGGGAACUAACUUUCAACUUACAUCAGGGGAAGAAGAUGACGAGUGGACUCCUAUUGAAUUCCGGGGAAAACAGUUGGAAGAAAGAUCGGUUAUUAUGGUUGGUGGCGGUGGACAACACACUGUAUUACUUGCCUGUGAUAAAAUAGUUAAUGGGGAAUAAUCCCCAACACUCAAUUCUAUGCAGAGUAGUUAAUUGGAAUGGGAGCAUAGCGCAAAUAAAAUGCUGAAUUGUGAAAUGUACCAAAAGUGGUAUCUGAAUUAUGUCUGUGAUAACGCAGGAUAUUCAGUCUAAUCUCAAGUGCAGUCUGUUUAGCACAAUUUCUACAUAUUCUCACUUUUAUACUUCAUCACUGCCUAAUUCAUUUGCAAGUUCAGCUGUCUUUGUUAUACCUUUCUUCAGAUGGAACUGUGGAAUUCUAUCUUUAUGAGAUUUAUAUCAAGUUUUUCUACAAGCUAGCGCAAGUACCCUAUACCUGUUCAAAUUAUGUGUAAUGAUUGUUCUUUGUUUCUUUCAUUUAUCUGCGCUAAUUCAAGUUGCCUGAUCCCAGCAGCUUGGAAGAAAAUGGUCAUUGAUUUUAUCUUUGUAUUCUGCUUAUUUGGAAUUAUUCUUUACAUCUCAUUUUAGUUCAGGUUUAUUAAAACUAGAUCAAUAUUGUAGUAAAUUGUAUUGAAAAGAAAUAUUCUUAAAUGGUGCUCUUGUCAAGUGUUCAAUUUUGGGUUUUCAUUAAAUUCUUUGAACAUCCUGGUACAGUUAUUAUUAUUUAUUUUAAACAGAAUUUAUUGUAAUUUGAAUUGACUCUUUCAGUGAAUUCAUCAAAUACACCUUACUUCAUAUGAUUUUACUGCAUAAAAACAAGCAUUUUUUACAAUCAUAAAUGGAUGUCUGAGGACUGUAAAUAGGGUUAACAUCGGACUGGAUGGUCUAAAUAUUCUUCAAUAAAAUCAUGGAUCACACAAGUAAAACAUCAUUUCGUUAAACUGACUGUUCUAUUUUCGAUAUAAUUCUCACACCAGUUGUUUGAAAUUACCGAAUACACUGUUUUAUCUCUUGAUAUUGUUCUUCUGUUUUGAUUUACAAUGCUGCCAAGAUCGCUCCAAUACAUUCGGGGCAAUUUAAUUUUUUCAUUGCACUCAAGUUUAUCCACCAGGAAAAGUCCUUUUUCUUCUUUAAUCGUGCGUUAAAAAAAAUUUCAGAGGGGAAUGAUUCAACAUGGUUUACACUGGAAAAUGUUUUGGGAAUUGGUAUAUCACAAAACACUUGUAAAACAUCCAUUUGUAAUAUUUUAUGGUAAUGCGUGUCCUGCGUUUUAGUUUUACAAUCAGAAUCUAAUUCGACAGCUAGUUGAACCGCACAUGGCGGCAGUAUUCGGUUUCUGGUUUGCAGUAAAAAGCAUUUUGCGGUGAAUAAAAGUUUUGAUUUUGUGAAGA